AUGCGUCUUCUGUCCAUCUCCAUCUCGUCAUUUGGGCGGCCGCUCUUGGCAGUGGCCCUUUCAUCCUGGCUGUUGUCUGAGCUUCUGCCAGUGGCGACGGCGCAGUCCUCAACCACGCCUCCGGGCAUCGUCGUCGGUGUCUCAAGCGGCAUCAACAACAGCACAGGCCAGAGACCCUCACGCAUCAACAUCAACGACCUCUAUUAUGAAGCAGGUCCACAUUGGGAUCUUUACAUCCAGGCGUUGGACAUGUUCCAGCGGGACGACAUGACCGAGAUCGAGUCGUACUACCAGAUAGCAGGCAUCCACGGACUCCCGUUCCUGCCAUGGAACGGCGUCAACCAGACCACCGGUGGUGCCAACUCGGGAUAUUGUCCCCACGGCCAAACAACCUUCAUUAGCUGGCACCGCCCCUACCUCGCCCUCUUUGAACAGAUCCUCGCCCGCCACGUCCUCAAGGCCGCCAAGCAGUACCCAGUCGAGACCGUCGACGCCUACACGGCCGCCGCCCAGACGUUCCGCAUCCCCUACUGGGACUGGGCCCAGGACGCCAGCCUGCCGCCCGCCGUGGUGGGCCCGACUGUCAAUUUUAACGGUCCCGCGGGUCCAGCCACCAUGCGCAACCCCCUCGUCAGUUUCCAGUUCCCCAAUUUCCCGUUCCAUGGCGGCGGCUUCGGCGGGUCGCUGGCGCAGUUUAACGAGACGAAGCGGUGCACGACGGUGUCGGGCGCGGCGGCGGGCGUGAGCGACGAGGACCAGGUGAAUAGUGUGAUGGGGGUUGACGGCGGACAGUUGCAAGAUAAAGUGGUGAGUCGUUCAGCGAGUGGGAUCCGGAGCGAAGCGAGGACAAAGAAGCGGGGGACAGAAGCGAGAAACACAGCUAACGUUUCUCUCCAGUAUGCCGUCUUUACACACAGCACAACAUUCGAGGCAAUGGCGACCAUGUCCAACGCAGGCGCCAGCUUCGAGGAGCCGCACAAUGUGGUGCACAACGACAUUGCCUGCUUCUCCGUGGCCGGCCACUCGGGCCACAUGGGCGACCUCAACUGGUCGGGCUUCGACCCCAUCUUCAUGCUGCACCACGCCAACGUUGACCGCCUCUACGCCAUGUGGCAGGCCAUUAACUUCAACGACCCCGUCUUCACCACCAGUCAGCACGGCAACGCCCUGUACGGCACGCCCAGCGGACCCAUGACGGCCAACAGCCCACUGAAGCCGUUCAUGGGCCCGUCUGUUGCGGGCGACAGCAGCAGUCCGCUGGUUUUCUAUACCAGCAGGUCCGUCGAGGCCAUGGCCGUCUUUGGGUACACCUAUCCAGAAAUCGACGACUGGUCGCUGGCGCCUGCCGACCUGGCCAACUCGGUGCGCAGUUCCGUCAACAACUUGUACGGGCCGCGGGCGAGCGGUGUUGCGGCGAGGAGGAAAUCGAAGAGAGAGGCAGCGAGCGCUAGUCGUCUCGGGUGGUGGAAACUGCCGCAUAUCCGCCGGGCGCGUGCCGCCACGAGCGACAACAAGGGCAUCGGCAUCGACCCCACCACCGCCGUCACCACUGCCGCCGCCGCCGCAUUGCACCCGGCCGCCGUCAUCCCCAAUGCCCGCGCGCUCAGCACGAAUGACUACAGCAUCGAAGUCAGCGUCGACCGCACCCAGCUGCCGUUGCCCUGCACCAUCGAGCUGCACCUCAAUGGCCAAGGUGGCGGCAAAACCAAAGCCGGCCACCACCGCGACACCACCCGCAUCGGCAGCACCAGCAUCCUGUCCAUGCCCCAGACCGGCACCAGCUACUCGGUGACGCCGCUGCGUCGCGCUCUUGUCCACGAGGCCACGCGGCGGACACUGCCUGCAGUCUUCAACAACAACGACGAUGUCCUGGCCAGACUCCGCGGCAUCAGUGUCGUCAUUAAGACGCCCGACGGCCGCGCCGUGCUCGUGUCCUCGGUCCCAAGUCUGAACAUAACCGUGCAGCAGCGCAGCUACACACCCAUGUCGGCCGACAAUCUGUUCCCAAAGUACGGGCCCGUGACAUCCUACUCGGUGAAGCCGCUAGAUCUGGAGUUGUAG